AUGGCCAGCUUCGAGAACGUGCUUCCUGAUACAAAGGCAUAUGUUAAUCUCCAGCUCCUCAACGGAGGAAGCAUGACAGCCGAGUACCACAAGCUGCACGCAGGAGAGCCGGCAAAGAAAUUCCGAAUGUACAACUGGAGCUUCCUCAUCCACCAUGUAAAGCAGAAUCGAUGGGUCUUGUGGGAUCUGGGAAUGUCAUCAAAUCCAAACGACUUCCCUCCGCUGAUCGCAAACGGACCGAUAAUCGAAGCUGAAGUCCAAGACCCACGAGAGCGAAUUCCAGACCAGAUCAAGCGGCGCAGUGGCAUCGGAGCUGAGCAAGUUGAUGCCAUUAUACUCAGCCACGCACAUUUCGACCACUGCCGACCCGCAAAGCAAACAUUCCCCAGUGCCACCGUCCUCUUCGGCCCAGGCACAUCCGAAUACUGCUCCCCGGGCCACCUCGCAGAUCCAUGCUCCCCCUGGGACGGGCGGUACUUCGACCCGGAGCUCGCAACAGAGCGGUGGAAGACACUAGCAGGCCCGUGGGUCCAAUUCGGGCCCUUCGAGCGCGCUAUGGAUUUCUUUGGCGAUGGUUCGUUCUGGGUUAUUCAAGCGCCGGGCCAUAUGCCUGGGAAUUUGUGCGCGUGCGCUAGGCUGCAAUCGGGCGAGUGGAUUAUGUUGGGUUCGGAUUGUUGUCAUUCACGGGCGUUAUUCAACGGUACGAAGGAGUUUGGGACAUUUGAGCUUCCUGAUGGGAGUACGGGCUGUCUGCACACGGAUGUUGCUGCCGCGGAGGAUACACUGGCACGGAUGAGAAUGAUGGAGAAGGAAAUGGGAGUGCAUGUUGCCCUGGCGCACGACGCUACUUGGAUGGAGAACGAGAGUAACCCGGCUUUGCUGUCUUUACUAGACGAGGCCUUUCGCGACGAUAUUCGCACUGCCUUGCGCAGGCAGGAGUCAUUUUGA